GCACAAACCGCCUUCGCCAUUUACACAUUCCAGUCUUCGCACUUGUAAAAUGCACUCUACGACAUUGGGGUCUAGCCAGCCGCCACUGUACAAUGCGACAUUCGUGGACUACGAGCAACGGUAUUUAAGCUUGCUGCGAACAAUAGCCAGCCUUCAGUGGGUCCGAGAAUCCCUACCUGCUCAUACUAGGUAUUAUGAGAGCCUCAAAAACAAGUUGAAGAAUGAAGAAAUUACGAAAAAUGUACUGGAAUCUAGUGUCCAACAGUCCCGUAAAACAAAUGACUCUACCCGUUUCAAGGAGCUCAUGUCUACGAAGAAAAGUGGAGCUUCAUCUGAUAUAGUCCCGUAUUCGGACCUUAUAGAGCGGUUACAGAAAAGCAAUAACCGCAUUCUGGAUUUGAACGAACAAUUACAACAAGCGAAGCUUAUGCAUGAUGAUAUGCUGGCCAAUAUGAAGGAAUUGAACGGCUGCUGUUCGCAGUUACGAGUGCUAUUUGACCAGGUUCAACUCCGUUUCACUUCCGACGAGGGUAAAAAUUGAAAACGUACUGACCAGCGGAGGCGGUUGCAUUUCAGGUAAUACCUGAACCACUGUCUGAUCCAGCAUACAUCAUCGAGGAGCAUAUGAAAAGUGAGGUCUUAUCUCUGGAAAGUUAUAUACCACAGAUUGAAAGCAAGCUGGAAAAAUGUGUGGAAGCUCAAACAAGGUUGUAUGAAGCAAGAGACUCUAUGGAAACUGCAAUGAAGUCAUUGCCCGGCGCUGCC